AGUGGUGGAUAACAGCUAUUUUUGUUCACUGUCAGGCUGUCAGCCGAGGAGCUAGCUAGCUGCUCACAACAUACGCUGCCAAACAUAGGCCUACUCACUGUAACUUUGUUAUUCUAGCUACACAAGCUGUAAAGAUCCAGACCCUGGUUUGAUUGAGUAAGAUGGUCGUUUUGACAAAUAACAAUGAAGAACAACAGGAUUAUAUCCUGAUAGAGGAGCGUAAAUGCUCCUCCCUGCCCAACUCUCCAGCCAGGAGAGUUUCUCCCACCAAAAAGAAGCAGUUCUUUAUCAACCAAGCCAUCCGUAACUCUGACCUCACUCCCCGAGCCAAAGGCAAGAAGAGCCUGCGCCGACAGGAGAACACACGCUUUCUUGCUAAUCUUCUUGAGAGGGAUGAGUGCUCCAAAGAUGAUCUGGAAGUUUGCAGUAACCCGGCGAUCCCAUCCAUCUUCACUGAAGCCUGCACCAAUGGAAACUACAUAGAGCCAUGGAAUGACUUCAUGAAUUGCUCCGGUGAGGAGCAGGAGAGGCUGCUGUCACUGCUGGAGCAGGAGGAGGCCAAGAAGAAAAACAAAGACGAAAGAAAUGUAAAUCCUGCCUUCAUUGCUCAGGACUGCUUCCAGAGAAUCGAUCGCAGGCUGCGAGCGACUCUCAAACGGAAACAAAUCCCCAUGGGAAUUCUGGAAGUACUUGAGGAAAACCUUGUGAGCUUCUUCAACACUCAACCUCACUCAGUUUACACAACCAACCUCGGCAGCAGCUUUGAGAGACUGCUGCUUCAUGCCGUCUGCCAGUAUAUGGACCUCGUCUCUGCAAGCACCGACUACAAUGGGUCACGUCAGACCGAAGUGGUGAACAAACAAGAAGAGUUUCUGCCUCCUAGACUUCUGCUGUCCGUCUACUUGGAGAAGAUGAGCUGAAGUCAGGACCAAGACAUGUUUCCCGUUUCCUCGGCGCAGCUCUGCUGCAGGCAGGGGCUCUGAGAGGUGUAGAUAAGGCUGUGUAAGUUGUCUGUGUAAUGUCUGCCAAGCUCAGAAAAAAGAGCUGCUUACUUUUUCUCUGUUUGGUCUCUAGGAAAUUCUCCAUUAAUUGUAUCUAUAAACCCGUCAGAGUUCAUUGAUUCACAUGGCAAAUGUUACAUGUUAAACAUUACCAUGUAAGGAUGCUAACUUUGGGCAUGUGCGGUUAGCAUUUUGCUCAACCUGAGUAAAUUAGUUGACAAAUUACAACUUGCCUUGAGAAUAACUCUUUUGACCAGGCCAACUUUCACCUUCUGCCCCACUGGUAAAGAUAAGAAUCUAACAAUAGCAAAUGUUUUUUUAAUCCAUCCAACAGUUUGGUUUUCUGGUAUAUAAUUUAAGUACAGCAUCAUGGAGCUGCUUGGCUCUAAUGAACUACUGUUUCCAUACUGCAUUGGGAAUUAAAGGAAGUCCCUUUCCCAAGUUUUAAAUAUACUCAUUAAUAUAUUAAUAUUAUGGGCAUUAUUGAUUCUUAACUCUAAGAAUGUAAUAAUCUCACAACCUGAUUUGUGAUUGGAAUUCAUAAUAACAAAUACAUGACACAAGGAAAUUAAAUUUCAUACCAUUACAAAAAAAACAAACCGAUUUGUCAUUUGCAUUAUAAUAGCAUUAUGUCAAAAUUAAUUUAUGAGUUGUAAAUUAAAGCAGAUUAAUGAACAGUUGGUCUAUUCGGUCCCUUUUCUCAGUGCAAAUGAUAGAUUUCACAUUUCACAACUUUAUUGAAUUAAUGCAACAUGAAAUAUGACUUUUCAAUCUUCUCACACAGGUGAUGAUGUCACUAUCUGAUGUAAUUGUAUCGCUAAUUGUUAGUUUUAUUCCUCCUGAACAUUGCUUCAUUAUGAUCUGACUCACAACCACACAUGACUUUGGAGUGUUUCCAUCGUAGCGGCAACCCCCCCCCCCGACCCCAUUAUUUGAACCCAUAUUUAAUAUUAAUUCCAAUAAAGCACAAAUUCAUAAAGGUAAAUAAUGACAACAUUAACCUAAAAUUUACUUGAACCCUGUUUGUAUAAAGUCUUGGAUGUGCAUCUCUGUGAGAACUCUGUGUUGCUAAUGAGGAAUGACAUUUUGCAAAGGUGCUAAGACAGAUGAAUGCAUUAGGAAAUACAUCACUGCCUGAAGGAUUAGCCUGUACGAUUUGUGUAAGGUAGUAAGGUGUGAAGCAUGAAUAUUAAUCUCUCUACAUUAUAUGCACAGAUACAUCACUCAUCAUAGGUGAAGAAGGAAAUGGCUUUCAAGGGUGGGAAAUAACAGCCUCUGGUAUACUUUGGAAGUAAUUCUUUAAUAAUUAUCUCUGCGUUAUGUGUGAGAAGAAAACUCCCUCUUAAGGUACAAUCUUUGGGAUUUUUUUCUGUGUAUCUUUCACUGCUGGCUUUGUCCAAUCUUAUCAUCUUGUCUACACCGGCAUCAUCUGAAGGAUACACUUAGAUUUUAAACAACCAAACUGAUUAUCAGAUUGCUGAUGUGCUGCUUUCACUGCACACUGGUGUAGACAAAUGCAAAUGUUCUUUCUACCAUUUGUCAAAGACAAGAUAAGGAACUACAAUAUAGUUAAAAACUUGCAAAUAUCCCUGUACUUUGAGAUGUAUUCAUGGAUUUCUUGCUACAGUGCUCACUCAGUUUACACUUAACACACAAUUUCAACAUUUAAAGUCUUUUUUGUUUUUACACACAAUAUGGUUUAAAGCUACACUGUAUCUGCAGACAGUACAAACCUGGAAAAGCACGUCUGCCUUAUGAAUACAAGGUUCUCGGUUUGUUUAUAUCUGUACAUAUAUUUCGACAUUUGUACUUGACUGGACUUUUGAAACUAAACAAAAAAUCGUAUCCACGAUUGUCUUUUUAUACUGUCGUCAGCAGUGUAAAACUUGACCUGGUGCAACAACCAAAGUUUGUGUUUUGUUUGCGUGGAAAUCCAGUUUCUCAGGCUCUCAAGUUCUCUGAAUGUUACAUAGUUUAUCUCACAUGGUGUCCUUUUCUGUGUACUGUAUACUUUCUUCAAGAUGAACUUGUUUUGAUCAUGUUAAGCCCAGCACUGCGGGGCGCUGCCAACUUUUUAACUACACGUAGACGUAGUUGCUGUUAAAAAUUAAAAUGAACUCAGAUGGUU